UUGCGUUGUUUUUCUGAAGUUAGCCAGUUGGACACAGAGCAGCCAUGAGGAAGCUGCUUCUUCUCACUUUAAUGGUAGCUCACGGAACAUUCAAUUGUGUUGCUGGAUGCGGCCUUCCCGCCUACCCUGCUGUGCUGGGUCGAGUGGUAGCAGGAGUGGACGUCAAGCCACACAGUUGGCCCUGGCAGGUUUCCCUCCAGUCAGACAGCAGUGGGCGCUGGAGUCAUGUUUGUGGGGGAACCUUGAUUGCAUCUGAGUGGGUCCUCACUGCGGCCCACUGCAUCAAUGGCCGUUACAACUACAGAGUGGAAAUGGGUAAACACAGCUUAACGGCGAGUGAGGAGAACUCAACAGCUCGGUGGGCCGCCCGGAUUAUCACCCAUGAAGGCUACAACAUCCUGCUCAGCCGCAACGACAUUGCCCUGAUCAAGCUUUCUACCCCCGUGGUCUUCUCUGACACCAUCAUGCCAUCCUGCCUCCCACAACGUGAUGCCGUCCUUCCCCAUGGCACUGCAUGCUACAUAACUGGCUGGGGUCGGUUGUCCACUGAGGGUGCACCAGCUGACAUCCUGCAGCAGGCUCUCCUGCCCGUGAUCAACCAUGACACCUGCUCACAGCCCGAAUGGUGGGGCGUCCUGGCAACCGACAAGAUGGUGUGCGCUGGUGGAGAUGGCGUCACUGCUGGCUGUAAUGGAGACUCUGGGGGCCCUUUGAACUGCCAGAACCCUGAUGGCUCCUGGACUGUACAUGGUGUGGUGAGCUUUGGUUCAGGGCAGGGCUGUAACUUCUUCCAGAAGCCAACAGUGUUUACUCAAGUCAGCUCCUAUCUGGAUUGGAUUGAUAGAGUUGAGAGCAACUACUGAUGCGGCUGUUCAAACUUAUGUCAUUUGGAAAAUGGAAAACUGAAAUGGUUUGAUUUAAACAAUAGAAAAUCU